AUGGCGGACGGAUGGCGUCGAGGAUGCCGACCGCGGCAUGCGGACUUGCCCUUCCGCCGCUGGCUGCUCACCCCAAGCGGCCCCUCGCGGUGCACGCUGCUGCUCGAGACAGCGCGGCGGCACACCUACGCCCUUGAACUCAGCGCCAGUGGCGUUGCGCUCGUUCCGUCUUCCGAGUGCCCGGCCGAACUCGCCACAUUGGCCUCCACGCCGCUGGCGCCAGCGCUGUUGUUCCAUCGCUUGCGCGACGCCGGCGUCUGGCUCUGCCCGCACGACGCAGACGCUGAAGCGUUCAGCCAUGACCAACGGCCGCGACUUAAAGACCCAUCGCUCGAAGCUGAGGUGCACCGCGAAGCCUCGCGGCUCGCGGCUGGCGUCCGCUUCUGCUGGUCUCGUCGCAAUCAGUUGCUUGGGGCCGAGCGAGCAAUGCUGCGCGUCGCGCCUCCCCACACGCCUGCCGACACCGACCUCGACGAGGGGGACGAAGAAAACGUCAUGGAGUCCCCUGCUUGCGCCGACGCUGAUCCAUGGGCGGCCGAUGCGCCGUGGCAGUCUCUGCUUCACUCUCGAAUCGGCCCAACAGGAGGGGCGAUUGACCGUUACGUCGCUCUGGUCGACCCGUCCGAGAGCGAGACCGAUGCGGGCACCCGCCUGCUGGACGGUACGACGGCGCAUUCGACGCCAGCACUCUGCCUCGCGGCCGACCCCGCCGGCCAAUACGCCUCGGCGCUGGAGCAGAGUGCAUCCUCAGCGCACCUACUCAGGGAUCACGUGCGACAGGUGCUCGACGUCUUGAGACUGUGGUCGUUCACGCAGUCGGUAUGA